CAUACAACACUCUCAAAACUGUUUUCAGCCCAUUUCUGUAAUUAAUUAUUUAGUGCUUGGAAUUUUUAAGCAGUAAUUGGAAGCUUUGAGAAAUGGCCGCCCUCUGAAUUCUGAUAUCCCCUCGAUCUCUCAGAUGCACACCCUCUCUCUCUAACCUCUAUAAUUUUUUGUAUAGCUACAUUUUUUUUCCUUUUUUAAAACUAUUAGAAGAAUCCACCAAUUACGAGCAAAUUCUUCGGUAACCAUUUCCUGCUAAUUUAUCAAUUUUCAGAAAUAUUUUGCAGCGUAAUUUUCACUGUAGGCGUGAUUAACUGGGGAAUCUGUGAUGUUAAUUUAUGGUUAAAUCGUUGUGGAGCAUGUGCCUUGGUGCCUUUAUUGAUUUACUGAUUAAAUAGUAUUAUUUUCUGCUUUAUUAGUUUAUAGAUUUUUCUAAUCUAAUAAUUUAUUGAUGAGCGAUCGAUUGAGUUGAGCUUCUGUAAAAAAAAAAUUCAAUAGCCUUAUCUGUGGCAUCGCGUGAUUCCGAGCUUGUGGCACGUUGUUUCGUGUUUUAGCCUUUAGGUCGAAUUUUGUUUUUGCGCGUAUAUAAAUAUAGUGGAUGCGCAUUUUGGUCUCCGCCAAUAAUUCUUCAACUAGGAUCCAGAUUUGCUUUGUGGAUAACGAGGAAAUGGCAAAAGGUACAAGAGGUCGACGCCGGAUUGCUUCACGGCAGUGCAGGGAAACACCAUACCCUCUACCAUCGCACAAACAAAAGGAGGACACUUGCUCCAAGGUAAUAAAAAAAGACUGGGAAGAUGCUACAUGCUCAGUGUGCAUGGAAUGUCCUCACAAUGCUGUCCUUCUCUUGUGUUCCUCCCAUGAUAAAGGGUGCCGUCCUUACAUGUGCGGGACUAGUUUUCGUUAUUCGAACUGCCUUGACCAAUACAAGAAGGCCUAUGCAAAAGCAGCACCAUCUGACAGCCAUUCGGUUCACGAUUCGCUUGAUAGUCAAGUUAUUGGUCCAUUUUCUGGUCACUCAGCGGACAAUGGUGAUGCUGCAGAGCUUGCAUGUCCUCUUUGCAGGGGCCAGGUGAAGGGCUGGACUGUUGUAGAGCCUGCGCGAGAACAGCUCAAUGCCAAUAAACGAAGUUGUAUGCAGGAAAAUUGUACAUUUGUGGGGACAUUCAAAGAGCUGCGGAAACAUGUGAAGGCGGACCACCCUUCUGCUAAGCCAAGAGUAGUGGAUCCCACACUAGAACAGAAGUGGAGGAGGAUGGAGCGUGACCGAGAGAGAGAAGAUGUGAUGAGUACCAUAAGAUCAUCAAUGCCAGGAGCAGUGUUUUUUGGUGAUUAUGUGAUAGAAGGAGGAGGUCAAUAUGAGUCUGAUUCAGAUGAAGAGGAGGGGUCUGAUAUUAAUGCCAUGGAGCAGAAUGAGGGCAUGGGAGUUGGCGUUAAUCAGAAUUUGAUGUCUAUGUUCCUCUUUCUGCAGGCCUUUGGUUCUGCAGGCAACGACGGAUCAAAUAGACGACAAGAGAGAGGCUCCAACACCAACGGUGCACUUGAUAGAGGCUCUGUGAGAUUGCAUCGCCACAACACAAUUGAUGAAUUAGAGUAUUCUGAUCAAGAUAGUGAAAACGAUGAUGAUAUAGGAAACGAAAAUGAUGAGAACGGUGGUUCGCCUCUGGUUGGGCGUCAACGUCGCCAAAGUAGAGUCGUCCUGGGGCGUUCUGGAAGGAGGGGAAGGAAUAGAGAGGUGAAUCAAGGGAUGAUAUAGUUGUCUUACCUUGCCUCCAAUUGCCAAUAUCAUAAAAAGUUCACAAGUAGGAAAUUGGUUAGCUGUAACUUUUAAACAUUUGCACAUGCACAUGCACAUGCACAUGCACAUUUGAUAUUCCAUGAUCCAUUGAUUCAAGAGUUGUAUGAUAAUACUAUUAUAGGAUAGCUCAGGAAUAUGGAUGAAAAACUUGCAUCUUGUAAUUUAAGUACAUUGUAAUUGCUGAUUAAUUUGUUUAUCACAUGUUAAUUAUUCACUCA